AUGAGCGAACCCAUAGACAGCGACAGUACGUAUGGCACGUACGACACCCAAGCAUCUACCAACUACGGUGUCCGUGGAACCAGACAGCUCAACAAUAGAAACCACAAAAACAAACCCAUGAGAAAAGAAUACUAUGCAUCCGGAAUCAACGACAUCGGCUGGUGGUACGACUACGACUACAAAUCACCUGGCCUUGGUCUGGGAGACUAUACAACAUCCGCCACCGAAGCACCGGUCGAGAGAUCCACGACUGAAGCUUCUCAGGACAGAAGCGAGAAAUAG